UCAGUCAAGGUGUCAUGUGUCACAACCCACUGCGCUCCACAAUAGGGAAGUGAACUGCACUUCCUAUUUCCUCAGCGUUACUGCUGUCUACUGACUAAACCAGAAAUCGAGAGGAUGAGAAACGAAAGGAACACGUUUGACGCACGGUUUAUAAAUGAAUAUGAGCAGUAAAUGACACAGAUUGUCCGGUUCGGAUCCAGUUCUGCGCGCGUAAUGGGAGCGUCGCGCGUGCGGGCGGCACGUUGAUAAAACAGCGACUUCUGUAGCCUAUAUAAGUUUUAUAUGUUGCUGGCUGAAGACGAUUCAAGAUGAAGAAACAGUUCAACCGCAUGAAACAGCUCGCCAACCAGACCGUUGGCAGAGCAGAGAAGACAGAAGUACUGAGUGACGACCUUCUUAUGAUUGAGCGGCGCCUUGAAAAUGUGCGAUUUGUCUCCCAUAAUGUGCACAAGAAGAUGGUCAUGUGUCUACAGGGUAACGUGGGUUCAGAUGUGGACAAGAGACAUAAAAAGCUUCCUGUCACAGCCCUUUCACAAUCCAUGCUGGAUGGAGGAAGUCAGCUCGGAGACGAGUCCUUCAUCGGAAAGAUGAUGGAAGUCUGUGGAGAAGCUGAAAACAAACUGGCCUUGGAGCAGAGCCAACUUGAAGUUCAGCUGGAGAGAGAUAUUCUGGAGCCUCUCAACCAGCUGGCGGAGGUGGAUAUUCCUAACAUCCUGAAGCAGAGGAAACAUUUAGCCAAGCUUGUGUUGGAUUUUGAUUCUGCAAAAGCCAGGUAUCAGCAGGCCACAAAGGCAUUUCCGACAGCUGCAAAUGCUCAAGCAAUGGCCGCCAAAGUUGACACACUUAAGGAGGAGAUGGAUGAAGCUCAGAACAAAAUGGAAAUAUGCAAGGAUCAAGUGGCAGCAGAUAUGUACAACUUUUCGUCCAAGGAAGGAGAAUAUGCUCGCUAUUAUGUGUUGUUGUUAGAAGCUCAAGCUGAAUACCACAGAAGAGCUUUGGCGUCCAUCGAGAGCGUCCUGCCCACCAUACAGUCACAGCAAGAUAAAUGGACAGAGAAGCCAGCGUUUGGCACGGCUCUGGAAGAACAUCUCAAACGCACUAGCAGAGAGAUCGCUCUGCCCAUAGAGGCCUGCAUUAUGAUGCUACUGGAAACCGGCAUGCAAGAAGAGGGUUUGUUCCGUAUCGCUGCCGGAGCCUCUAAACUGAAGAAGUUAAAGGCGGCACUGGACUGUUCCACUUCCCAACUGGAGGAGUUUUACUCUGACCCUCAUGCUGUAGCCGGAGCCCUGAAAUCUUACCUGAGGGAGCUGCCUGAACCUCUGAUGACCUACCAGCUGUAUGAAGAGUGGAUCCAAGCCUCAAAUAUCUCUGAUCCUGAUAAGAGGCUUCAGGCGCUGUGGGUGGUGUGUGACAUGUUACCAAAAGCCAACAAGACCAACUUUAGGUACCUGGUGAAGUUUCUUGCAAAGCUUGCUCUGGAAAGUGACGUAAAUAAGAUGACAGCGAGCAACAUCGCCAUCGUACUGGGACCCAAUUUACUGUGGGCCAAGACAGAGGGAAGCCUGGCUGAGAUGGCGGCUACUACCUCCGUGCAUGUCGUGUCUAUAAUAGAACUGAUAAUCAACCAUUCUAGCUGGUUCUUCCCUGAAGAUGUGGACUUCAAUGUCUCAGGCAUGUUUGCUAUGCCUGGGUGCCCGGGGACCCCUGACUCAGAAGCCGGGACCAUAGACAGGAGGCGCCCAGGCAGCCAGGGGUCGCUCGAUUCUGACACACCCCGCAAAGACAGUAACAUCGCCCGAGAUCCUGCAUCCACACCCCCUGCCAUGAGGAACGGCCCGGGAGGUCUGAGUGGGACGCCCGCUCAGCUGAAUGUGGUGACCCCUACCUCAGGUCCUAAGGGCCCCAGUCCAUUCUUGGGCCGCAGAGGUACAAAGAAACAAGCCCCAGCACCUCCCAAACAGAGCGUAAAAGCGGCUCCUAACCAGCCCUCAGCCCCGAGCACUCCUCAGCCUCUCAUCGCACCCCGCCGCAACAACCAGACCCCCAUUCAGGCCCCCAGCCACCCUCCUCCUCAGCCUCCUCCCCAGAGCACAGAAGAAGCCGAACCGUCCCUUCCCAGAACGCCCACCCCUCCCGGUACACCUCCUCACGACGGCUCCCAGCUGCGCCCCAGGCCCACCCCUCGAGCACGACCCAAACCCAGCGGCCCGCCACCACCACAACCAUCUAUCGACGGCGCCAACGGUGUCUGUGUUUCUGGAUCCAAGAUUAUCUCAGAUGAAGAUGGAGAUGUAGAGGAGAGAUCUUUGACGGGACCAGGGCUGGAUCUUGUCCCAGAGCUUGAGGAGGAUGAAACCACAGAAACACUCUCAGAAGAUGAACACCAAUCAGAAAACACCGCCCUGUGAGGUGGGCGGAGUCCAGUCUUCACACAGCCAAUGGAAAGCUAUGUUCGUAAUAGAAUACUAGCAUACUUACUGCAUAGUGUAUUGUUUUUAAGGAUGUGAAAGCAUGCAAAAUGAAAAACGUUUUAAACGUGACCUCAGUUACCUUUUGAAUUAAUAUAGGUAUUAAGCAUUCAGAUUUAAGUAAAAAAAAAAAAAAAAGUAUUUUGUGAGAAUGAUCAAAUGAGUCAUCACAGUUGCUUAAAACGUCACAGUGGAGAUGGAAUGUCAAGUCGAUGCAUUGCAUUGUGGGAUAUGGUACCCAGCACAGUGUGCAAUUAUAGUAGGUCAUCUGGGUAUUCAAAGCAUACAGAAAAUAGUACAUACAGCACAAAUAGUUUGGUAGUAUGCUAUUCCUAACAUAGCCAUUCACUUUAACCUUUAACCCCUAGAGAAAACUCUCUCUGUCCUCACAAUGCUGGCACAUUGUAACUACAUACCAGG